GGAGAACGUUGAGAAAAGUUAUCUUUCGCGUGUUCCUACGACAUUUUUAACUUACAAUAGAUGUUGUUAGUUUAUUAGCAAUCAGGAAAUAGCUACUAUACAAGACAUAGACAGUAGCUGUUAGAUUGUUUUUAGUAAUAGAACUAAAAUAGAAAGGGACAUCGAGAACAUUAGGACUCAAAGAUGUCGCAACAAAAUGACGACAUCUACCAAAAUCUUCCCGUCAAAGAGGAGAAUAUCGGGUACUCUAGUAACGAAGCCAGUGUUACUAUGCCACCUUUCCUGUCAAAUAGCAGUAGUGAAGUGGAAGGAGAGUCGAGAGCGAAUAGCCAGAAUGACCGCUGGGAACCACCCAGGAGUUCCGAGGUGAACAGGAGUAGCUUCAGGAUCAACAGAAUCAACAUGGCCAGACAUAUUGAGCGCUUUAGGUUGUCUAUGCGGUUAACCAACGACAUUUGGACCACAAGAACAAAGGCAAAAAAAUGCACCCACGGUCGAAUCCGACGAGGAAACCACACAGUCGAAUACAUCAAGGGCACAAGAACGACAAGACAGAGGACCAACCAGAAGACGCAGACAUGUAGAGAUGUUUAGGGAAAGGUGUUCGAGGUUGAAGGUUUGUAAGGUACGAGUAUGAAUGUGUAGUGAUGUCGUGCGAAGUGUAAAGCCUGAACCCUGUCAAGAGGGGUAGUUAGGAAAAGGGGAGAUUCAAUAGGAACUAUAGUAAAAGAGUAUGGGAAGCGUACAUGUCUAGGGCCGAGUCAGUUUAUAUUAUGAGUUGGGUUUGCAAGAAUGCG